AUGCGUCCAGUCCCAGCUUCCGCAGGCUCUGCCUUGCGCAGCUGGACCCGACACUCCCUCCCAACGUCGACAUCCCCAUCCUCCCGUCUGGCCUCGGCCUCCGCCACCACAGCUUCCUCCCCAAGUUCCCAGCGACGGCUGCAGUCGAGCGAAAGCAGUGCGACGGCAUCAUCGAGCUUCCAGAGCCCCUUCAAAGCGGCCGGGAAGAAAGACACCACCAAGAUUCCAAGCUUCAAGGCCUACACCUCUGGGAACUCUGAAGUCACGAACCGAGUCUUCAGCUAUUUCAUGGCCGGAUCGAUGGGACUGCUCGCUGCAGCUGGCGCGAAGAACACCGUACAAGACUUCCUACUCAGCAUGUCCGCAUCCGCCGAUGUCCUGGCCAUGGCCAAGGUUGAAGUCGACCUUGCCUCCAUCCCAGAGGGCAAGAACGUGAUUAUCAAGUGGCGAGGCAAGCCCGUCUUCAUCCGUCACCGAACAGAAGACGAGAUUAAGGAGGCCGAAUCUGUCAACCUCUCCAUCCUCCGUGAUCCUCAGAAAGACGAAGACCGUGUCAAGAAGCCCGAAUGGCUGAUCAUGUUGGGUGUCUGCACUCACUUGGGUUGUGUGCCCAUUGGUGAAGCCGGUGACUUUGGGGGUUGGUUCUGCCCGUGCCAUGGUUCGCACUACGAUAUCUCUGGACGUGUGAGGAAAGGACCGGCGCCUCUGAACUUGGAGAUCCCCGAGUACGAUUUCCCAGAAGACGACAAGCUUGUCAUUGGUUAA